ACCGCGCCCCUGCCCGCGCGCCCGCCCGGGGCGCUGCCGCAAAGCGAGGCCGGGAAGAUGGCGGCGCGCUGGGCGCUGAGCGCGGGUGCUGCCUGGGCACGGGGUCUCCUCAGCUGGGCACGGCCAGAGAGGUGGCUGGCACCUGGCAGCCUUUUUCCUCUGUCAUGCAUCCACACCAGCACAUCUCUGCAGAAAAUUGGGAAGUGGGAGAAGAAGAACAGGAUUGUUUACCCUCCCCAGCUGCCUGGAGAGCCUCGCAGACCAGCUGAAAUAUAUCACUGUAGGAGGGAAAUAAAAUACAGCAAAGAUAAGAUGUGGUAUCUGGCAAAACUGAUAAAAGGAAUGUCCAUUGAUCAGGCUCUUGCUCAGCUGGAAUUCAGUGACAAAAAGGGAGCAAAGGUGAUCAAAGAGGUUCUGUUAGAAGCACAGGAAAUGGCUGUAAGAAAGCACAAUGUGGAAUUCAAAUCAAACUUACACAUAGCGGAGUCGCAGACGGGCAGGGGCCGUUACGUGAAGCGGCUGCGGUGCCACGGCAAGGGCAUGUUUGGCAUGAUGAAAAUCAGCAGGUGCCACUACUUUGUGAAGCUGGUGGAAGGUCCUCCUCCUCCCCCAGAGCCACCAAGGACUGGCUAUGACCAAGCAAAGGAAUAUGUGCAGCAGCUGCGAAACAGAACCCUUGUUCACACGCUGUGAUACACUUUAGUGGCUGUAUAGGUAUCUCGUGUUGGGCAAUGUAAUUAUAUAAAGGAUUAAUUAAAGUCAUGGUUUAGUUACAUCUUU